AGCCAGGAGUGGGUUGCGGAGGGCCGCCUCCCACCUAGCUGAGCUGAGGUCGGGGCUUGCUAUAGAGAUACAUCCCCAGAACAUGUGCGAAAGUGUUGAUCUAUCCCCGCAAUGUUUGUUCCAUUUAUAUUGUCCAGGAAUAGCUCAGCACGAGCCCCUUGUGGCGCAGAACGUGCAAAUCGUAAAGAGGCAGAAGAAGUCAGUAGGAUUCAGCAAUGGCGUUUCGUUGGCAGGCAGGACAACCUCUCGCCUUCGGGUACGCGCUUUUUUUCAACCCCGAAGAAAAUACCGUAGCCAGCAGGGAGGAGCCACACCCUGGCGUGUCUCGAGAGGACCAGCCGCGAGUCCAAGACCGUGAGUCCGUUAGUACUGAUACGUUCAGAGUAGACUUGCCACGGCCUGGUGCGGCGAUGGUUACUAAAGGGCACGUGAAAGAACGGGUCGCGCUCUUGGACGGAAACGCCGAUGGCCGGAAAGGACGUGGCAGUGGGAAGAGUGAGCCACCGUUUGCCAUUCUCACGAUUCCUGAAACCGUCGAGAACGGCGCGUCCGAAGCGGACACGGCGUCCGGCCUCUCGCUGACCGUGGGCCCCGUGUCGUCACUCGGUGCUGGGCAGAGCGGCCGCUCGGACACCCACGCGUCCGAGUGCAGCAGCCUGGCGCCGUACUGGAUGCCGGACGAGAUCAAGCACUACUUCCGCCACCGCCACUCGGAGGAGGACAGCAGCGGAAAGACGGACGUGGCGCUGCGCGAAAUUGGCCGCGAGAGGGAGCUGCCGGCGAUCGACGACAGCGACUGGUCCGGGUGGCGCGCAAAAUGGUGCCACAAUUCCCGACCCGCGCUCGUCGUGGUCGUGGCAGUCUUGACCGGCGCCCUGCUAGGCAUGCUGCUGUCCGCGGUGGUCGACGAGUUCCACGUCGCACUGCCGGGGUCCCGAGCCCGAGGCGCUGACGCCGCCGCACCGGGCGACGAUUCUGCGGCAGCCCCGGGCGAAGGCACCAACGUGAGCCACGGAGACUUCCCGAUGCCGAUCCCGAAACGCGACAGCAAACGAGACAAGGAGGAGACCACCCCGGAAGACGUCAACACCACACGGCACCACGAAGUGGAAGAGGCGACGGCGAGCGGAGUCGAAGAGCCGAUGCCGAAUGGAGACGCCGAGCAGAUGCACAGCGCUGCUGGCGAAAGCGACAGAAGGAACGGCUUCGCGGGUUCCAACACAUCGAAGGUGCAUGAGACAUGCGGACGACCAGCCUUCAGAUUCUGCUCGGGGGGACAGGCAGAAUUUUACUACAACGCCACCAGGCAGGCAUGCAUGAUGCUGACACCUGACGGACCCGGUCUCUGCAACCGUGGUCGCAAUCGCUUCACGUCCAUGGAGAGCUGCCGGCAACAGUGCGUGGACGGCGACACCCUGGCUCCGGAAUGCUACCAGAAGGCUGUGCUGGCGCAAUGCGAGGCUCGGGACGUCGUGGACACGUGGUGGUGGUACCUGGAAGGCAAGGGCUGUCGCCACUGGCGGUUUCCUCGGGGUCGUUGCCCGUCCACGGAAGGAAACAUCUUCCCGACGUCCUUGGAGUGCGUCCGCAGAUGCGUCGACGCCAAUGGCAGCCAGCCGCCGUGCAUUGCCCCGAUGGGCGUGGCCUGCAACGUCAAGCAGCUGCGCUUCGGCUACGUAGCAGAGGCGUCUCCGCGUGGUUCCGGUGCCAGGCGCUGCCGCCAGCUGCCUUCCGCCGACGGCGAAUCCAAACUGCAGCGCUGCCUGGUCGGUGCCAACAAGUUCCCAACGCUGGAGGCAUGCCAGAGGCGCUGUGUGCGCGCUCGUCCAUAGGAAACACCUGAGCGCGCGCAAUACAGAAUCGUUGUCUUCAAAAUUAAUUGCGCUCAUCUCGUUUCCGCUCCAUGGCAUCCCUCUAUCGUCUCAACUGGUGCGCUUGUGGCAAUUUGUGUUAGCGAAAGGUCGGGCUAGAAAUGCCUUCGAAUGUACGGCAUCUAGAAGCGCUACGUACGAAUGCAGUAGGCAUAUCAAUUUCUUGAACCCAUUUAGAGGAUUGACAAUAAAUUGAAAGUACGCUAGAACCACACUGCAACGAAAGCUCAAUUUUUUCUUUCAUAUCUGUAGAAGUUUCAGGUACGAAAGGGAAAUAACAACAAAAUGUCGCUUUGAUAUACAGAAUCGAAACAAACUUAGAAA